UGAUCGCAACUCUUUUUGUUACCAUCCUAAUUUUUUCAAUGUAUCAGGAUAUUGUUCAAUCCGCCAUGUACGACGUUAGCCUGGAUUCGCUGGAACCCAAUCCCAACAGUGAUAAAGCGUUCAUAAAUUACGGAACGCUGCGGGUGUCCAAGAAAAGUCGCAAUUUGUUCGUGGUCGCCGGCUAUUUCGAGUAUUUGCAGAACGUGGACGACAACACCAAGGUGGACUACGCGAUCUACUACAACGAUAACAAAAAGCCGAUGAUUGCGGGUAAGCAGGGCUACUGCAAGGUGCUGGACAACGACAGCGGAGUUCUGCGCCGACUGCGGGAGGUGUCCAACAUGCCGCCGCCGGGGACGUGUCCCUUUCCGAAGGGUCGGAUCACGAUCAAUAACUACGAGCUGGAUGACUCGCAGCUGCCGAUGACUUUGCCCCCGGGCCAGUACACGCUGGUCAUGAAGAUGAUCGAGUCGAACGAGCUGAAGGCUGGAUAUAAGAUAAAGCUGACCGUAAAGUGAACAGAAGGUAUUAGAGUAUUUUGAGUGGUGAUUCUGAACAAUAAAAGCAGU